AUGGCCUCUCAUCGCCAAAUCCUCUGUAACCUCAUCAUCCGCGAGGUUACUGAUGAGGGCACCCCGAAACUGGUUCAUCUUCGCUCGUCGAGCAACUUCAUCAUCAGUCUGAACACCAAAGGGAUUCGAAUUUCAUUCCCUCGCGACCCAGAUCGUAGCAUCUGGAGUUGGUAUUCCGCCGAUCUUGCGACCACAGACUCGGCCCUGUAUCAUAUCACCAUCGAGCUGCCCCCACGAGGUUUCACUGCGACUCACCACGAACUCACUGUGAAGCACAACGAACUACUAUCAGGCAUUGACGGUGAAUUGAGCGAAUAUAGACUUGUUGAUCUGCAGAUUUCACCACAUUACAACACCACUGUCAUUGGCUUUGGCCUUCCAUUUCAUGGAGCGAACGCGACUGUUGAUGAUUGGGUCAACAAGCAUACUCCAAUUGCUGGGGUCGCUCCCUUGUCAGAAAUCCUGAAGACGCGCAACUUUACUUUCCUCGUAAAGGCCAGCAAAAAUGACCUCGACAACAUGAUCAAGGGCAUCAAUGAUCGGCACCAACGUAGCGACUACGGAUACGGUACUGAAUCCACGUUCAAGAUGUUUGGGACUUUCAUCACGACCUGGAACAUGUCAACGAUGUUGAGAUGCCGGCGCUUAUCUAGAAGAUUGGCAACGAACCCCUCCAACAUGCGGCCAGUCGAGUUCCUGCCGAACCGGUCCCGACAGCUAGUUACCUGGGACGCGUCGCCAGUGAUUUAUGGUGACUCGGAACUCCCAAAGGACAUUGAUUCGUACGAUCGAAUUCCGCUGGUCUUGCUGCGCCCAGAUACAGGCGACGGACACGACUUCUCGCCCAUCGCCCACGACAAAUACGAACAAGUCAACGAGGAGCUGGAACGGGAUCGUGUCAAGCUUAUCUGCGAGUCGAACGCGUAUGGGGAAGAGCUUCGUGUGCAGGCCAUCAAUCGACUGAGCGACGCCAAGGUCUGGCCCACCAUGCAGCAAGACACUCUCGCCCUCAACAAGAAGGCCAUCUUCAAUGAACUGUUGAUCGGCAACGGACUCUGGAACCUUCAUCAUUCCGGCUCCAACAUCGACUUGACUCCGUUCGACCUCUUCAAAGAUAUGCCCGUUGAGAUUCGAGACACCUGUCUUGGCUUUGUCUUUGAAGGUGACCGAGGAAAGGUCCAGCAAUAUUUCAGCAAGCUUCAUUUCGGCCUCGGAAUUGUUUCCGGACCUCCUGGUACUGGGAAGUCAACCCUUGCCUCGGCCAUCACAGUUCUCAUGUGCCUUAAUCAGACAAUCAAGCACGUUUACGUGAGCGCCACUUCAAACGAAGCAACCGACAAUAUCCUCGACCGCAUCGACACCCUCGCCAAAUCUAUCAUCAAGAAGCUCACCGAAGAUGGUAUUUCCGCCAACCAGCUGAUGGUUGUCCGGGGGUACAGGAUCAAAGAUGAGCAGGACAAGUGUCUCCGAGCUCUGACUGGGCUGCGAUUCAAGCCUGGUCCUCGAAGCUCGUCUGCGUGGAGGUUCAAGAACUCUUUGUGCUGGUGGACACUGCGAGUUCUGGGAUCCAGCGCUGUCCCCCAAUUGACCCCGAGUGACAACAGCGAGCUUUGGGAGCUUCACCAGAAACUCAAGGAGCUUUUGGUCCCUGGGGCUGUGAAGGAUCCCAACAUUUCCGAGUUUGCAGGCCUUUUGAAGCUUGCAGAAGAGCUCGACCCAAAGAAGCGCACAAAGUACUCGACCGGCACUUACCAGAAACCCUUACGCAAUCUGAUGGGCUUGGUUAUCAAAUGCUCCAACGUCGUGGCUACAACACCUGCGACAUCCAACUCUUUCCUCUACAGAUCAUACAACUCCAAAGUGGCUCGCGGCGUCAUCUUUGAUGAGGCUGCCACAUUGUUCUGCUCCGACGGCUUGUUGGUUCUCGGCAAUACACCUCGACCUAUGAUCAUGUUCGGGGAUACCAAGCAGCUCGCACCGGUACUGCCGACGGCGAUGGAGCUGCUCCAUACUGGAAAGGACAGACGCGACAAGACACCGGAGGAAAAGAAGUUGCCGACCAACCGAUUUGCCAACUUCUACCGAAUCUCCUGGUUCCAUUUGUUCAUUCACCUCGGCUGGCCAGUGUUCAAUCUCUACCGUCAACACCGAAUGGCACAAGGUCUCUUUGACCUCUCUCUGAGGACAGCUUACCGACAUCUUCUCCCCCAUUUUGAGUACAGCCCGUAUUGCGAAUUGCAAAACUUUCCAAUCGGAACGCAAGUUGAGAACUACCUACGACUUGAGCAUCACAUUCCGUCAGCCGGUGCGCAUCGAAUAGACCCCGUCUUCUUCAAUUGUCUCAAUUGCCCCUGCAGAAACUACCCUCACAAGGCGACGCGAUUCAAUCCCCGACAAGCCGAUCUGAUUGCUGAACUUCUGGUUAAGAUGAUCGAAAAGCUCUCGCUCAACCCCGCCGACAUUGCCGUGAUCACUUACUACCGAGCAAACCUUGCGGCGAUCAGGAAGCGAUUCAGAGAGGACGAUAGACUCAAAGAUGUUACACCUUCAACUGUCAACACGUUCCAAGGCCGGGAAGCUCAGAUUGUGGUUCUGGCCCUGUGCGUCACCCGCGAAACCGGGCCAUCGUUUGUUGCAGAACAGAGAAGUCUCAACGUCGCACUGACUCGGCAAAAGUCAAGUCUCCUAAUCUUCGGAGAUAUUGAUACCACGAACAUCAGAUUCUCAGAUCUGCAAGAAGAAGACAAGGCUGAUGAUGGGCUUCAGAAGCCUGACUCCACAAUGAUUGACAAUGUCCUUCGCACCAUUCGGGCCAGCAGGCGGGUCGUGACUCUACAUGGUAACCCAGAGAUCGAUCCUGACAAGGAAUGGAAGAAGCUGAACAGGCAACCCGAGUUCCUUGGGUAG